AUGGAGCUAUCCGCUGUUGGAGAGCGAGUCUUCGCGGCCGGAGUCCAUCAUCAAACGACGCAUAAGAAGAGUAUGCAGUUUAUUUUCGUUACACCUCCGCGUUUCAAACAAUAAUGUAUGCUAAUCGUGUGUUUGUGCACCAUCGCAAUGGCAUUCUAUCGUCAAUAAGUAGGCCUAAUUUGUUGUUAUACUUGCAGGGUCGAAUGGAAUACCUUGUGAAAUGGAAGGGCUGGUCUAAAAAGUGAGUAGGCUACACACUGGUUUGGAAUCAGGCAGCAGAGCUUCCAGCGUGUCGUUUUAUCUCUCGAAUGCUUGUUUUUAUGUGCAUCAACGUGUGUUAAUGACAUGUUUGGGCUAUGUAACCGAGGCUUGUUAACGGGCAUGGUUUUGGUAACGUUUGCGUAUUUUGCUUAGGCUAUUUUAACGCACAAGCACAGGACAAGAGUGUUGCUAACAUUAGCAGAUUGCUAACUCCACAUACGUCGCUGUCCGCUAGGCAAUGCCAGAAUGAAAGCAACGAGAUUCUCAGCCGACAUUGUGUUUCAUUUGGUGAACGCUUUCGCCACAAAUGUGACACUCUUCUUACGCUACCGUAUCGUCCUUUUGGAUAGAUAUAACACCUGGGAACCGGAGGAAAACAUUCUAGAUGCGCGCCUCUUCGCUGCAUUCGAAGAGAGGUAAGGUUUUGACAGCACAGCAGGCCUCUUCAGGCAUAGUGCGAAUAUGGCAUCUUGGGCUAUCCCCAACAGACGACACGCAUUUAACAUAACUCAAAUAAGACUAUAUUCUGUCGAUCGAGUUACGUUUCAUACGAAAAUGGUAUGUAUUUAUUUCACAGGGAGCGUGAAAGGGAGUUAUUUGGGCCUAAGAAGAGGGGACCGAAGCCGGAGACAUUUCUGCUGAAGGUGGGGGAAUUAAACUGUGACAGUUAGUCCAUAUUUCAGUCAUGUAUUUUCUUACUCAUCACCUAUGUUUUCCGAGAAUUGAAUCAUGAAUCGCGUGGUCUGAUAGAAUGACAGGCUACAAAAUGUCUGACAUUCAGCUAAUAAAUAAAUGAAAGUGGAACAUUGUCUCAUAUUUUGCUCUUUUUUAAAAUGUUUUUACCUCCGCUUUAAUUUCCGUUGUUUUGAUGCUAUUGUUCUAACUCCAAGUUUAACAAAGUAACACACGUUUCCAAGUUACAGUGGGAAAUAAAUGUAUCGCAAAAGAGUGAAUGCAUGGGGCUUACUUUCUGCUUGAUAGCCAACAUUUUCAUUACAACACUUGUAAUAAUGUUUGUUUCUUCCAAAAUUGGCAUCAUUGUAACAAUUAUUUUGGUGUAGUGAAAUGGCAUGUGGAUGAACAAUAUCGGAUUGGCUAUAGGCUUAUUUAAUCGUUUUAAAAUAUCUGCAAUGAUACGGCCUAUAAAUAAGACGAUUUAGCCUUCCAAGUACAUGUUUUUGAAACCCCAUACUUAUCUAACUUGACCUCCUUUAUACAGGCCAAAGCGAAAGCCACAGCAAAGACUUAUGAAUGCAGAAGAGAAAUGCCAAGGGGGAUUCGUGUUUCAUACCCCGUUCCGGAGCCUAUGAUUACACCGAGAGCUCGAGAGGGACUAAGGCCUAUCGUGCCCACAAUCUUCCCCCCUAGCACGGUCAACCGAGGAGAGAGCGUGAGGGUCAGACCACCAGAGCCAGAGAGAAGGCCGCGACCUGCGCCUCCGCCCUCAUUCAUGGCUGAGGAAUUUGUCAACAUCCCUAAAAAACGGGGACCUAAACCCAAGUUACGUUUACGAUUCAACAUAGAGCCAGACAGCUGUCCAACAGAGGAGCCCGCGAAGAGGAGUCGGUUAGAGGAGCAACAGGCCCCAUGCGGUCUGUCUAAAAUGUCCAGACAUUGUCAUCAUAAAGGCGAAAUGUCUGAGAGAAGUGUCAUCCAGUUGACUCGCAGGUUUCAAGAGGGAACGAGCAUUGUGCCAAAAUCAAACGAUGCGCAAAGACUGGUGGGGACUGUGUCCCAUCCUGGCACCCAUAGCCACGAUGGUAGACUUGUCCAUAAGGCUAGACUCGAUCACCAGAGCCGCAUGACUUUAGAAUGCGUCGGGGGCAUGUCUAUCCCACACCCCAAACUGAAGCAUGUGUCCAAAAACCAUUUCUGCGGAGCCAGUGACUCUUCUUCAUCCAUGCAACAGUCUAGGCCCAUUGUCGUCGCCAAAUCGCAUGCAUCGAGGAGUUCUGGGGAGCAGUCAGCGGAGUCUUGGAGGCCUCGUCUGGAUAACGUUGAGAAGGUGGUGGUCACAGAUGUGACAACGAACUUUUUGACAGUCACCAUCAAAGAGAGCAGCACAGACAAAGGUUUUUUCAAAGAUAAAAGCUGACUUCAUUUCAAUAUCUGCUUCACAUAACAUGACUAACAAUGCAACAGCUAUUUGUAAGACGUUGGUAAUCGCUUAAUCAUUAUCAUUUGUGAUACAUUUUCUAUAUCCAGAGUUGUAUGUUUUAAUAUGUAUUAUGUCAUAGUAUUUAAUGUAAUAAUGACCAAAUUAAACAUGUCUAUAUAGCCUAUUUGAAUAUAAUUUUUUGGUU